AGCUUUCAUGGCGUCUUUUGUUUUCUUAACGUUUGGCUCAUUGAUCAUAUCAUUAACUCAUCACCCACGAUCUCUUCUACGAAUUCGCUAUUUCUUCUCACAGUCAGCGAGUUCUUCUGUAUAAAUAGUCUGGUCGGUGUCCUUCCACUAUAGAGGCCCACCUGCUCCGUUUUCGGGAGGAACGUGAAACGCGGCCGUGAGCUGAUGUGGGUGGAAAUGUUCCUGGUCGAUGUCAAUGCGCAGAUUAUGCAAGCCUCCAUCGGAGCUAAUCGUGUUCCAACCUUCUGGUCAAGACUGAAUGCCGGUUCGAUGUUUUCCAUCUCCGGUUUUGAUGUAUGUCGUUGUGUCCAGAAAUUUUGCUUAACCGAUUCAUCCUUGCUGAUCCGGUUUUCUUAUUCGACCGUUUUCGAGGAGAUAACCGAACCGUUUCUCAGCUUCCUGCAGAGGGAUUCUGGUUUCAUGAUCAUGCCGAAUUGAUUGGUCUAGCUAACACGAGCACUCAGCUCCCAGACGUUAUGGGUGAGCUUAUUGCGGUGAAGAGCACUAUUGUUCAAUCGUUCUUUCAUGUUGUGACGGAUACAAGUGCAUUGGUUGUAUUGGGAGUGAGCUUGGUGCCUUUUUUACUGAGAUCAGUUGGGUUUUUUUGGAUGGGAAUGCUUCAACACGAAGAAUCUGAUUUCGUUAAAUGGGGAGAGAUAUUGAUUCGUGACUCUUUGAGUACAAAUGAUAUGGAUGAAAACUGCAUUGGAUCUUUGUCUGAGUCAUUUCCAAUUCCACUUUCGUGCCAUCUCCUUAACUUGAUACUGAACGCUGCUUUUAAAGUCACCAAGCAGCUCCAAAGGUGGAGAAUUUUGCAGCUGGUAUGCUUUGGGAUUUGUGUAAUACUACUAAGAGGCUUUCGUCACAAAGUGUGGAGCAUCGUUCAUGUAUUGUUACUUUCCUCCUCCCUGCUAUUUUCAAGGCAUUCUCUUCUCAAUCUUCUCUGAAGAUCUCACUUCAAGGGAAUUUGUACAUACUAUCAAGGAAUGGUUUAAGAAAAGGUUUUUGGAACGCUGCAAGAACCUGUUCUCGGUUGGAUCAAUAGAGAGAAGGGGUACUCUUGGAUGGACUGAACAGAAAGUUAUGUCUCAGAAAAGGACACUGUCAAAAUUUGGUAGCCAAGAGUUUUGGGUAUAAAUCAAGAAAGGCUUGGUUUUGGAUGAGAGCUUAGUGAGGAAAGCAGUCAUUACAUAUACUGAAAUUAGUUCUAUCUAUACGCAAAGUGAGUAAGACGAGUUCUGAGAAGAAGCCAGAAGAGAACUCAGUUCAUUGUGCUUUAACGAAAAAGGAGAUGUGGGCCGUUAAGAAAUGUAUUUUAAAGAUUCAUGAGUUUUUAGUUUUAUUGACUCCAAGAUUGCAUAGCGGUUUUAUUCUAAUAACAUGCAAUGAUGUUUAUUAUAAGUAAGAUUGAAAUUCUUCAAGAUCGUAGCUGCUGUUUCUUUUGCAGCUGACAUAAUGUCAUAAUUUCAGCAACUGAGUUUGAUGAAUCCAGCUAACAUCUUCCUAUUGGAGAAUGUUGUUCUUUUUAAAAAAUCUGAUUCCAAAAAUGUAUCCCC